CUGCUGGGUGGAACUGGGGGCUGGGCCCCUGGCUUCCCCCUUCCUCGGGCAGGGGACAGAGGCACAGGCCCAGCCAGGGAGCAGGGACUGACUUCCUCUUGUCCCGGAAUGAGCAUGCCUGCCCUUCACAGGCAGGUUUGGGGCUCUCACGCAGAGGAAACCAAGAGGGCGGUGAGAGGGAGGGCAGGCAGAGCGACCAAUCAAGGAAGGGCUGGGUGAGGCACAGAAGCUGCGGCUCCCGGGGGAGCCAGACGGAGGCCGGGGGUGAUGGCGGAGCUGCAGCAGCUGCAGAACCUGGACAUCCCCACGGGCCGGGAGGCUCUGCGUGGCAACCACAGCGCCCUGCUGCGGGUAGCCGACUACUGCGAGGACAACUACGUGCAGGCCACAGACAAGCGGAAGGCGCUAGAGGAGACCAUGGCCUUCACGACUCAGGCUUUGGCCAGCGUGGCCUACCAGGUGGGCAACCUGGCAGGGAACACACUGCGCAUGCUGGACCUGCAGGGGGCUGCCCUGCGCCAGGUGGAAGCCCGCGUGAGCACCCUGGGCCAGAUGGUGAACAUGCAUUUGGAGAAGGUGGCCCGACGGGAGAUUGGCACCUUAGCCACUGUCCAGCAGCUGCCCCCUGGCCAGAAGGUCAUCGCCCCCGAGAGCCUGCCCCCCCUCACGCCCUACUACAGGAAACCCCUCAACUUCGGCUGCCUGGAUGACGUUGGCCAUGGGAUCAAGGACCUGAGCACGCAGCUGUCGCGGACCGGUACCCUGUCUCGCAAGAAUAUCAAGACACCUGCCGCCCCUGCCUCCGCCACACUGGGGAGACCACCCCGGAUCCCCGAGCCGGUGCAGCCUCCCACAGUACCGGACGGCAGACUCUCCGCCGCCUCAUCCGCCUCUUCCUUGGCCUCAGCAGGCAGCGCCGACGGUGGCGGUGGGGUCUCCGCGCCCAAGGGGCAGGAGGCACCCCCACCCCCACCGCCACUUAGCUCUUUGGCCCUGCCACCUCCUCCUGCCAACGAGGUCUUCCUGCCCCCGCCUCCCCCGGAGGAGCUGUCCCCGCCCCCUCCAGCCGAAGAGCUGCCCCCGCCCCUGGACCUGCCCCCUCCUCCGCCCCUAGACGUGGACGAGCUGGGGCUGCUGCCUCCGCCCCCGCCAGGCUUUGGGCCGGAAGAACCCAGCUGGGUCCCUGCAGCCUACUUGGAGAAAGUGGUGACUCUGCACCCGUACACCGCGCAGAAGGACAAUGAGCUCUCCUUCUCCGAGGGCACGGUCAUGUACGUCACGCGCCGCUACUCUGACGGCUGGUGCGAGGGCGUCAGCUCUGAGGGCGCUGGAUUCUUCCCCGGGAACUAUGUGGAGCCCAGCUGCUGACUGCCCAGGGCUCUCCCUGUGCCCACCCAGGCUCCGAGCCGAGCCAGCCCGCUGGACUGGGCUGCCCGCAUUUUGCGAUGUGAGCUGUGCAGUCUGUCCCUUCCCCCUUCCCCCAAAGUGGGGGCCCUGGGGAGAGAAGGUACUCGGAGGUCUGCUGCAGACGGGACAGAACCGGAGGCCGAGGAGUGUGGGGAUGACCCUGGCCACAGAGGACCCCUCCCACGUGCUGGGUGGGGUCUCCAGCUUCAAGUGCCAACUCUGAAUAAAGCGGAUGACCUGA